CGAAAUCAAAUAUAUUUAACCUAUUAAAUUUUCAUUAAAAAUGCAGUUAAAAUAUUUGAGAACUCUGCUAGACGGGCAGGAGCAACUAAAUCGCAUUGCUGGUCUGGCGUGGUCACCGAAUCAUCAAAAGCUGGCCAUCGCCACUGCGGACCGUCACAUACUGCUCUUCGACGAUGCCGGUGAGCGACGCGAUAAAUUCUCAACGAAACCCUCGAAUCCGGCGAACGGCAAAAACUCUUAUGUUAUACGCGGUGUCGCCUUCAGUCCGGACUCCACCAAGCUGGCCGUGGGACAGAGUGAUAACAUCGUCUAUGUGUACAAGUUGGGCGAGUCGUGGAAUGAUAAGAAAGUGAUUUGCAAUAAAUUUCCACAAGCGAGUGCGGUCACCGCUUUAAUUUGGUUGUCCACAGGCGCUAUCAUUGCAGGACUCGACGAUGGCAAAGUACGUGCGCUCCAUUGCAAAAGUAAUAAGUCGCAGAGUUUAUACGCUGCCGAUAGCAUCUGCAUAUCAUUGGCGUCCAACACCAAAGGCACAGGCUUUCUGUCUGGGCACAAUGAUGGCACAAUAAUACGUUUUUUCAUCACCGAAGAUGCGAAUGAGUCGUCGGGACGUUUAGUACAACAUCCAGUGCCGCCAUUUGCUUUGGCUUGGCCGCAGGGGGGCUUCUGCGCUGGCGGUUGUGAUCAGAAAAUCAUAUUCUACGACACAGUGGGACGUCCGGUACGCAGUUUCGAUUAUUCGCGUAACGAUCGUGAGAUCACUGUUGCCGCCGCAAGUCCCAACGGUCAGGCUGUAGCAUUUGGGAGCUAUGACAAGAUACGCAUAUUCACAUGGAGUCCACGUUUAGCCGAUUGGAAUGAGAGCGCAACGAAAGAGAUAAAUCAUUUCUAUACGGUAACCUGUGUGCAAUGGCGUCGUGAUGGCGCUCGCUUGGCAAUCGCCUCAGUGACCGGUGCCGUUAUACUCUUUGAAUCGGUGCUGAAGCGCACCAUUUGGCAAGACAAAUUUGAAUUGAUUUUCGUCGCGCCCAGUCAACUGUUAGUGAAGUCGCUGCAAGACCCGGCCGAACAGAUGACUAUUGAAUCCCAGCUCGGACUGGAAAUCGACGAUGUACGCAUAAUGGGUAAAGAUAAUUACUUGGUAGCACGUACGGAAGACUCUAUGAUCUUGUGUGAUCUCACACGCAAUCUGGUCAGCGAAGUGCCAUGGACCACGUCGGGUCGGCACGAACGUUUCUAUUUUGAAAACCCGAAUGUUUGUUUGAUUUUCAAUGUGGGCGAACUUAGUCUUGUCGAGUAUGGUGAAAAUACGAUCUUGGGUUCUGUGCGCACAGAGUUUGUGAAUCCACAUGUUAUCUCGGUGCGCUUGAAUGAGCGUGGCAACACAAAGAAUAACAAAAAACUGGCGUUCCUCCUCGACGCCAAAACCAUAUGCAUAGUGGACCUAAUAAACCAAGUUAUUAUUGGACAGGUGAAUCACGAGACGAAAAUCGAUUGGAUCGAACUGAGUGAGACGGCUCAUAAACUGCUCUUUCGCGAUAAGAAACUCAGAUUAGUCUUGAUCGACAUAUACACCGGCAAGAAGCAAACUUUGCUCUCGAACAUCUCAUUUGUUCAAUGGGUGCCACAAAGUGACGUUGUUGUAGCACAAAACAAUAACAACUUAGCUAUCUGGUAUAAUAUAGACUUACCCGAACAUGUAACCCUAAUGGCUAUCAGAGGAGAUGUUAUGGAAGUGUCACGCGACUCGGGUCGUACGAUGGUACGCUCGCAGGAGGGACCGGCAGAGCACACUUAUCAACUGGACGAAGGUUUGGUUGAGUUCGGCACCGCCGUAAACGAUAGUGACUUUGGACGCGCUAUACAUUUUCUAGAGACGCUAGGCGACAAACCCGCUGCCAAAGCCAUGUGGCACAAUCUAGCAGUCAUUUCGAUUGAAGAUGGCAAUCUCCGGGUGGCGCAACGUUGCUACGCCGCACUGGGUAAUGUCUCAAAGGCAUACUAUUUAAAUGAAAUGAUAGAAGAGGCUGAUAAAUUUGAGGAAUCUACGGGCACACCAGGUAUUAUGUGUCCGCAGGUGCGCGCUAAACUUGCGCUCUUGAGUUCCGAUCUACGCACAGCGGAGCGUAUUUAUCUAGAGCAAGGCGACAUCGAGGCGGCUUUGGAAAUGUAUAAGAAACUGCGUAUGUGGGAUGAGGCGGUCAGCUUGGCUGAACGCCGCGGUUACGGUGGUCUACAGCUUUUGAAAGAACAACAAAUGGAGUUUCUUUUAUCUACCGGGCAGGAAGAGAAAGCCGGACAAGUGUUGGAAGAACAAGAGGAGCCAGAGAAGGCCUUAAAUCUAUAUUUGAAGGCUAGCAAGCCCGCGCGUGCGGCGCGCUUGGCCAUGAAAACUCCACAUCUUAUGGACGAUCAACAAUUGAUGCUAAAAAUCACAGAAGGUCUGGUGAAUUGUGAACUCUACGAGAUGGCUGGCGACAUUGCACUGAAACUCGCACGUCCCGAAGCAGCCCUCGGCUUGUAUCGCAAAGGUGGUACUUAUGCACGAGCUCUGGAUUUAGCGCGUGAAGUUGCACCAGAUGAUGUAACCAGCCUUGAGGAGGAAUGGGGCGAUUGGUUGGUGGCACGCAAACAGUUGGACGCUUCCAUCAAUCACUACAUCGAAGCUGGUGCCACACAAAAGGCACUCGAAGCUGCUGUCGGCGCCAAGCAAUGGCGGAAAGCGGUGCAAAUUGCUAAGGUGCUCGACGAACCAACCGAAAUUCAACGCUAUGCGUUAGAUUUAUCCAAGCAUUUGGCCUUUGCUGGCGAUGUCGAUGGCGCUGAAGAUCUGCUCGUACGCGCUAACAUGUAUAAGGAGGCCAUCGAGCUGCUCAAUCGUCACGGUAAGUGGGAACGCGCGUAUGCGAUUGGUGAGAAAUAUCUGCAAGCUGAGGAGAUGCGUGACUUGUUUGUCAAUUUGGCGACAGGUUUGGAGGAACAAGGUAAGUAUCGCGAUGCGGAGAAGGUUUUAUUGGCUGUGUCCGAACCGGAUUUGGCGAUUGCAAUGUACAAGCGUCGCGAACUCUAUGACUCCAUGAUACGGCUAGUGGAACGUUUUCACAAAGAUCUCUUGGAUACAACUCACCUACAUUUGGCUAGGCAGCUUGAGUCGAAGGGCAAGUUUAAAAUUGCCGAAGUGCAUUUCAUUGCUUCGGGCGAUUGGAAGUCGGCAGUGCAUAUGUAUUGUUCGUCUGGUCGCUGGGAAGAUGGCUAUCGUGUUGCCAAGCAGAAAGGUACUGAAGGCGCAAGUAACCAGGUCGCAUACAUGUGGGCAAAGUCUAUGCCGAUAGAAAGCGCCGUACGUUUGCUUACCAAACUCGGUUUACUAGACACGGCAGUGGGUUUCGCCUGCGAUUCCGGACAAUUCGACUUCGCUAUGGAUCUUUGUCGUUUAGCUGGUAAGUCCACCGAUGAGGUGCAUUUGAAAAUCGCCAUGUCUUUGGAGGAUGAAGGCAAAUUCGAGGAGGCCGAAGCGGAAUUCAUCAAAGCUAAUAAGCCCAAAGAGGCCAUACUGAUGUACACGCAUGCGGGCGAUUGGAAGGCAGCACUGAAUGUAGCUGAGUCACAUCUGCCGGAGGCGGUAAAUGAAAUAUUAAUCGGGCAGGCAUCGGCUGCUUUGGAUACGCGCAACUAUCCCGACUACGAAGCGCUGUUACUGCGCGCACAACGUCCGGAUAUGAUAAUCGAUCAUUAUAAGAACGAAGGCAUGUUCGACGAGGCGCUACGCAUAGCCGAGGAACACUAUCCAUCGGCCAUGAAUGAUUUGCGGCGUCUACAGGCACAAGAACAGCGUCGUAAUAACGAGCAAAAUGAUGCUUCGCGUUCUUACCUGCAGAAAGCCGCUGAAUUCGCAAAACGUGAAGAGUUUCGCAAAUCCGCUGAGUGUCUAAUGCAAAUUGACGCCACAAAUACAGACGAUGCGACUACUGUGGAGCGUGCACUAGUUAGAGCUGCGGAAAUCUGCAAUCAAUUCUUGGAGGGUAAGGACGCUGUCGAUGUAGCAACUCAAUUGGGGCCGCGUCUUUUACAAAUCAAACAAAUCGGUCCGGCUGCGCAACUGUAUUUGGCGGCAGAUAUGCCCAAAGAUGCUGUCGAAGUUUUCAUACGUGCCGAACAAUGGUCGAAGGCCAGGCGACUGGCGAAGGAAUUGGAUCCCGAACUAAUGACUUACGUCGAGCAGCAGCAGAAGUCACGUCUCAAAACCGAAGGCAACGUCGAACAAUUGGCAGAUAUUGACAUCAUGAGCGCUUUGGACAUGCUCGCCGAGCAGGGUCAGUGGUUACGCUGCCUCGAUAAGGCCAAACAAAUCAAUGAAGCGGUCUUACAAAAAUAUGUAGCGCUCUAUGCCGCACAGCUUAUACGCGAAGGUGAUUGUUUGACCGCCUUGAGUCUCUAUUUGACUUAUGGCGCACCGCCUUUGGAGGCAAAUUUCAAUAUCUACACACGCAUAGCAAUGGAUUGCUUUGCCCUGCGCGAGGAACAGGCCAAGGAUGAUCAGUGGCGUAACUUACGCGACUUUCUCUACAAACUAACGAAGUCGCUACAGUCCUCGGAGCAUGCGCAGACACAGAUCGCUAAAAAUGUGGACAAGUUUUUGCUGAUUAGUCAUUACUAUGCGGUACGUUCCGCUUGUAGACACGUCCAGUCAUUGCAUCCAAUUGCUGCACGCAUUUCGAUUGCUUUGUUGCGCUACACCGAUAUCAUACCGGUGGAUAAGGGUUUCUAUGAGGCAGGCAUAGAUCUGCGUAAUGCUGGUCGUGAAGCUGAAGCUUUUGUUAUGCUCAAUCACUACUUGGAUGUGUGUGAAGCUAUUGAAGAGGGUUCCGGACAUCUUGUGGAUCACUCCGAUUUGGCGUCAACAGAUUUUCCCAGCUCAGUACCAUUGCCGGAGGACUUACAUCUGAAGAACGAUCCCAAUUUGCAUGAGGAGGUGCGCGAAUGGGUGCUGGCUGUAAGUAUGGAUCAACAGGUUGAUCAGGUGCUGCCCACCGAUGAUCGUGGUCUAUAUGAGUCAGCCUUGGGAUCGGACGAACAACCUUGCAUAUUAAGUGCUUAUCCAGUACGUGGACGUCAGCCAGUUACUUAUCAAUCGUCCAGUCGUCAAGCGAAUCGUGAUGUGUGGAGCAAAUUUACCGUUGCACUCAAAAUGUCGCCUGGCAGUAAGGUAGCUGAUAUAAUUGCAUUCGUUGAAAAGUGGAAUGGACAGGCUAACGCGGCAAUGCACUAAAGUGUUAUUGUUGUAAACAACAUUCAGUAGUAGUUUUGUGUACUAGAAAGAUCCCCUUAUAUUCUUUAAAUACUAUCCUGCACAUAAUACGUAUAAAAAGAAGCUCAA